AUGUAUAACUAUUGGGAUAAAAUAAAAGCUCCAUUGGAAGAAGUUAGGAAAAAUGUAUUAAAAAAUAGUAAUGAUCAUGCAUAUAGUAAUAGUAAUAAUAAUAAUAAUAAUAAUACCUCCAAUGCAUCACCAAAUUUAACCAAUAUAGCAAUUGCAAGUCCAAUUACAUUAAAUUCUUCAACCAACAUUCUCAAACAAACAUCUAUGCUUCAAAUGCCAUCGGUGGUGAUUCCAGCGCCAACCUUGUUGACCUCAACGUCUACAUUGUCAAGGUCGCGAGAUAUCAACCAUCAAUUGCCAAGUAGCGCAGCCAUGGCACUUGGAUCGAGCACCGUAUUGAAUGUAUCUUCGGUGAUGUCUCCAACUGCUGCCAUGGUCUCUAAUAUGGGUAUGAGUAUGGGUAUUCCAUCAUCUCUAAACCUAGCAACCGAUAAUAUAAUAGCAGUACCAUCACAAAUUUCAGAAAUUCCAAUUAUUUCUCCAAAUCUACAACAAAAUCAACAAAAUCAACAUAAUCAAAAUAAUCAAAAUAAUCAAAAUCAAAAUCAACAAAAUAUAUUUAAUCCAACAUCACCAUUAUUUUUAAAUCCAUCUAAUUCUUCAGUAGUAGGUGGAACACCAUCACCACAAUUAAAUCUACCAACUUUGGCAACAUCUAUAGCAUUAUCACCAUCUACACUAAAACAAACUACAACCUUUACCAAUAACAACAAUAACAUUAAUUAUCAACAACAUGCCGAUCAUUUAUAUCCAUCAUCAAUUGCACAAAGUGCAAAUAUACCAUCACCAUCACCAUUUAAAUUAACUUCACCAAUUAUGAUUUCUCAACAUUUGGAUCAACAUGAAGUUGAAAUGAUGGAAUUUAAUAAUAACAAUAAUAAUAAUCAAAAUCAAAAUAAUAAUAAUAAUAAUCAAAAUUUAGAUUCAUCAAUAUUAGAUGGAGCAAGUUCAAUUAAUAUAACAGUAAAUGAAACUAAAUCAUUGACAAGUACUGGUAACAAGAUUAAAAAGAAACAUCGUAAAGACAAGAUGAAAAGAUUUAAAAAGAGUGUCUAUCAAAUUUUGGCACCAUCUAAUCAAUUGCCAAUGCAUCAAGUAGAUAGUGCUGAACUUGAAAACUAUGUGGUACCAUUUCUGAUGGAACUUGGACGUGCGCUACUCAUGUCUGGUGUACCCGUUCAUCGAUUAGAGUACGAAUUGACAUUGAUCAGUGGUACGUUUGGGAUUGAUGGUAACUUUUUCUCUACACCUACUGGUAUCUUUUUCUCGUUUGGGUCGCCUCACACUAUUCUUUCACCAUACACACAUUUACUGCGUAUUCAAUCGACCGACUAUAAUAUGGAGCGUCUUGUCAAGCUCGAAGAAUUGGCCGACCACGUCAUUUACGGUCGUAUCAAAUGUCAAGAAGCAUUGGUACGACUACACGACAUUCUAAACUCUCCACCACUCUACAAUAUGUAUGUGAUGGUAUCUAGUUUUGUGUUGUCAAGUUUUGCCAUUGCCUUUUUCUUUCAAGCUGGGUGGGUCGAGAUUGGUGCCAUGUCGCUUGUUGGGUUCUAUGUUGGAUUACUCUAUGCGGCAGCUGGUAGAUGGCCAACCAUUGGUAGAGUGCUCGAGGCAUUGUCUGCAUUUGGCGGGUCAAUCAUUGCCACAUUUUUCAAUUCCUUUAUCUACCCAGUACAUAUCUUUUUAGUGGUACUAGGUGGUAUUAUAGCGUUGGCUCCUGGUCUCUCACUGACCAUUGCAGUUGCAGAGAUUAGUACUAGAAAUUUGGUCAGUGGUAAUGCACGUCUGAUGGGGGCAUUCUCUUGCCUACUUCAAUUGACAUUUGGUAUUGCAUUGGGCACAAGAUUGUCAUCCAACUUUUUACCAACACGUACAGAGUUGCCACCAGCCAGUUUCCCAGAAUGGAGUAUGUUUUUAGCCAUACCAUUGGCCGCCGUUUCAUUUGCCAUUCAAAUGAAAGUCCAUCCACGUCAAAUUUGGAUCAUCAUGCUCACAUCUAUUCUCGGUGUGAUUGGUGGUAAUUGGGGCAACAAGAUUUUCGGAUCAGAUGUAGGCAGUUUCUUUGGUGCAUGUCUUAUCUGUAUUGUAUCGAAUCUCUAUGCCCGUUUUACCAAUGGGCAGUCGGUCGUUCCGAUUCUUUCAGGUAUCAUUCUUUUGGUGCCAGGGUCAAUGGGUGUAAAGGGCUUAUUCUCAAUGUCCUCUGGAAACAUAGAAGCUGGUAUCGCUCUUUUUGGUGUCUUGCAAUUGGUCUAUUGGUUGCAAAUUUAA